CAUUUCCUAUAAACUGUAGUUUCAUUUCAUUGAUUCAAAUGGAAACAAAUAAACGUUUAGUAAUUUCGCGCCAGCUUUGCUUUCAGUAAAAUAUCGUAAUUUAUCGUUUCUUGCUUUUGACGUUGUUAAAAUCAUAAUCAUAAGCUUGUUUACAGACUUACUCUUAUAUCUUAAUUUCAUAUUAAUUUUAAAAGUAAGUAGAAUUCGAUUCUAAAAUUUCUCCAAAAUAUUAAACUAAACGCUUCUUUGAAUCACCCAAUUGCCUUAGAAAUCAUAAUUUUGUUUUAUGAACUCAAAUUUGAUGUGUUGUUAUUUUCAAGACUAAUGAAAAGAAAUGAUACAGCAAUAUUUAAGUCGCUUGGCUCAGCGUCAAAUAGUUUUAGCAAGUGGCUCACCUAGAAGAAAGAAGAUUCUGAGCAAUGUUGGGCUAAUUGUAAAAGCUGUGCCUUCGUCAUUUGAAGAAAACUUGGAACUAAGUGAUUUCUCAUCAGUCCAUGAAUUUGCAGUUGAAACAGCUAGAUGCAAAGCUUUAGAAGUCUGGAAUCGGCUUAAAAUUAGUAAGGUUAAACCUGACCUUAUCAUUAGUGCUGAUACUGUUGUAUAUUUUGCUGGUGAAGUUUUUCCUAAACCCAGAUUUAAGGAAAAAGCUGUUGGUAUAUUAGAAAAGCUCAGUGGACAAACUCACAAGGUUGUUACUGGCGUUGCUCUUGUUAUUGUUGAUUACUCUAAAGAGGAAAUAGAAUUUGAAGUUAAGACAUUUUAUGAAGAAACUGAAGUUGAAUUCUGUGAAUUGAGUCCUGAAAUGAUCAGAACUUAUGUUGAGACUAAUGAACCUCUAGAUAAAGCAGGUGGAUAUGCAAUUCAAGGUGUUGGAGGAACAUUUGUUCAGAGUAUUCAUGGAGAUUACUUUAAUGUAGUCGGAUUUCCAUUACAUAAAUUCUGUUGUGAAAUUUAUAAGUUAUGUUCUGAAAAUUUAUUGUAAAUCCCACUCAUAAAGCAAUUGAAAGAAUUUAUUUUUAGAUAAAUAAAAUUUGUACAGCCCUAUUA